CCCUCCCAGCGCCGGGUGACGGCUCCGCCUCCCGCACAGCAGCGCGGCCCGCACCUUCCCGGGCGCCGCAGUCAUGGCUGCAGAUGGGGCGGAUGAGCGCUCGCCUCUGCUGUCCGCCCCCCACUCAGGACAUGUCACCCCCACCGCCCCGCCGCGCCUACCGGAAAGCAGCCCGCAAGCAGAGCUGCCCCCUCCAUACACCUCCAUCUCCAGCCCGGAUUCUGGGGGCAUCCCAGUGAUAAAUUGUCGCGUGUGUCAGUCGCUGAUCAGCCUGGACAGCAAGCUCCACCAGCACGUGGUGAAGUGCACGGUCUGCAAUGAGGCUACACCAAUCAGAAACCCCCCGGCAGGGAAGAAGUAUGUUAGAUGCCCUUGCAAUUGUCUCCUCGUUUGUAAGGACACAUCUCGGCGAAUAGGCUGCCCGAGACCCAACUGCAGGCGCAUCGUUAACCUGGGCCCAGUGAUGCUCAUUUCUGAAGAGCAGCCAGCUCAACCUGCGGUGCCAACCCAACCAGAAGGUGCCCGGGUGGCGUGCGGGCACUGCGGGAACACCUUCCUGUGGAUGGAAUUGAGGUUCAACACUCUGGCGAAAUGCCCACACUGCAAAAAAAUCUCCUCAGUGGGUUGUGCUCUUCCACGAAGACGCUGCUGUGCAUACAUUACCAUUGGAAUGAUGUGCUUUUUCAUUGGAGUUGGAUUAACUGUUGGCACCCAAGAUUUUGCAAGGCGAUUUCAUGCAACCUAUGUUUUGUGGGCAAUUGCUUAUCUCUUAGGCUUGAUCUGCCUGAUCCGAGCGUGCUAUUGGGGAGCCAUAAGAGUGAGCUAUCCAGAACACAGUUUUGCAUAAGCUUGCUUAUGAGCAAGUGAAUCAGGUGAGAGUAUCUAGCAGUUUUCGAUAAGCUGCUCUGGACUCUUUAAAUCAUUUAUCCUCAUGGAUUCCAUUCUGGUUUAUGUAUAAAGUUUCAAGACUUUGGGAGUCUUUUAUGAACAAAUGCUCAUUGCACUACAUUAUAUGCAAAUGAUAGUUUGUUUUGCUGCUAGGUUUUCAAGCUCUGAAUAAUAAAGCCGUGUCUUCAUGUCCUUUUACAUCUCUUAAACAUGUUUUUGGAUUUGCCACUAAGCAUUAGAUCACCUUUCAUUUUUAAAUAGUUAUUCCAUUACUUGCUGAUCUGUGAGUAUUACCAAGAAGUAUUUAUAAAUGUUUCUAUGUAUACUUACAUUUUAAUUACCAUAUCAAAAUUGCCUGCUUCAAAAUCUAAGCAAUAUGCAUUUUGCUUGAACUGCUUUAAGAUCAUAGUGACCUUAUCAGGAAAAGAAUUUGAGUGUACCUUCAAAUACUUGACAUUCUUAUCAGAUAAAAACCAUUUAUAGAUACUGUUUGCUUGUUUUUUGUUGUUUGUAGAAAGAUACACUAUUUUGGUAGUAAUUUAAAAUACAAUAAUGAAAAUAUUUAUUUGUCCACAGUUAAAGAUGAUGUUGGAUAAAUGCAUUUUUUUCCUCAGAGAUCACAGGACUUUUGUCUUUUAUUUUGUCUGUUGUUUUAUUUGCCAAUUAUAUAAGUUCUGGUCUAGAUUUAUGAUUUUAAUGUCUAAAAAUAAUAAAUGUAUUUCUGUAUGUAUUUCUUUAUAAUGCCUGAAGGAAGCGUUUUCAAUAACAUGUUUUAUAAUACUUAACCACUUAAACAAAGAUAUAUGUACAUUU